AAUUCCAAAAUCUGAAUUCUAACAAUGGCUUCUUCCUCCUACUGUUUUGGCCUAGUACUUUCUCUUGCAGUUCUAUUACCAUGUCUCUUAAUCUCUGCUUCGGCCACAAAUUACAUCGACGCCAUAUGUCAACGUGUUACCGACAAAGCCUUCUGUGCCAAAACUUUGAACGCGUACCCUGCCGCUGCUUCUGCCACCAGCCAGUUUCAAGCAGCUGUGGCCACGCUCAACCUAGCCAUAUCUUAUGCCGAUAAGUGUGCGGGUUUCAGUGGAAAUGCGGCAAAGGAGAAUCCAAACUUGAAGACGCAGUUUGCGGCGAGCCAAGAUGCCUUUGUGACCAUUAGCAAGUCUGUUAAGAGCGCUGCCUCGGAACUCAAGGUAUCGCCAGACACUGCCAACUAUGACGUCAUGGUUUGUAGUGACAGCAUAGCGGUGGUGAAGAAUUCGGUAGGGAAAAAUUUAGACAAUGCGUCGAAGACUGUUAUGACGAUGACAUUGAUGAUGGAGAAGCUUCUUGCUAUCGCGGUUGGAGCCACUGUCGCUGUUGGCGGUUCUAUCCGAAAUUCUCUUAAUAUCUCCUUCGGCCUUAAUAUCCACAAAUUUUCACUGGCUAACAUCGUGAUCAACCUCGGCAUAUCCUACGCCAACAAUACGGGGGGUUAUGCCGCCGAGACAGCAAAGAGAGAGCCUACAUUGAAGGCGCAGUUCAAUUCAUGCCAGCAUGAAUAUGACGGUAUUCAGUUGUAUCUAAGAAUGGCAAGGGGGGAGCUCAAGGAAUCUCCAAUGAGUGCAAACUAUGACAUUUUUCGUUGUACGGACAUCACAAUGUACGUGAAGGAUUUGGUCGGGGGAAAUAGAGACUACGCCUCGAAAACGUUCAUGGAGAUGACAUUGCAAAUGGAGAACCUUAUUGAUGUCGCCAUUGGAGCGACAGUAGCUCUUGGCGGGUGAAUAUGACACACACAGUCGUGGUUGUUAAAAGCUGGCUAUCAGGUUUCAAUUUAUAGUUUGCAUUUCAUCAAAGAUUGUAAUGAUUUAAUUCUCUGCAACGAAAAUCAAUAUAUCAUUAAGUUGUCU